CAUUCACUCUCACUGUAAUGAUCCGCUCAAUCAUCCUUAAGCUUCCCCCCCCAUGGCACGUCAUGCCACUUUCGCUGAUGUGUCUGGGUUCCGCUAAUUCUACUCAGUCAUCUUUGGUCUCAGCGCUUAGUCUAAUCAUACCAGCGUCUAUCGUGCCGAACGGCCCUAACAACAUGAUGCAAAUACACAUGCAUGUAACCAUCACCCGAACCCGAACCUCUUCUCUCGGCUGAUCUCCGUUCACGGUCCACAUAUCCCUACUCCGUCUUCUCCUACCACUCAUUCUACCCAUUACUAAGCCCAUCCUUUGGCUUCAUCGUUCCAUCAUGUCCGAUAGCGCAGAAAGCCAAUCUAUUAAACUUGAAAUCAUUGGCGGAGAAAAUCUUCAAGUCCCCUCCUGGCGCAUGCCUGCAGGCAUUUACGUGUCCAUCAAUGUCGGCUUAAGGAGACGCUGGACAUCAGCCAUCCGUGUCUUAUCAUCCGACGAAUCCGUAGCGUGGGGAGAUACCAUGACCCU